GGUUUUGGAAUUCCGAUGGGAACAAUAGUGUUCAGUACGCAUCCACCACAGUUCCGGGAUGAAUCAGAGCUCUACCAUGGCUCAUCAACCACAUCAGUGGGAAAUCGGAGUCGUGUGCGAUUCAAUGAAGAUGGUACUCCACGUGGAGUACUCAAAGGACACCAAGCUUCAUAUCCUGAAUCAUGA